AUGUCCACCUCGAACCAGAAAUGGAUCCUAGAGGGACCGAAUAUGGCUCGUCUCUCUCCGCACGGAGAUGAGAUACCCGUUAGCCAUACCUCCAAAGCCAAUAUCUUUAGGCCAUCUAGCCAAUAUCCUAGCUCAGUCUCUACCGGCACUUCUCGUGGGCUAAACGUCUUCAGGGAACAGAUACCUACCUAUCAAGAGGCAUCAGACGACGACGAGCCUUCAUCUACAGUCUGUGAUACUUGUAGUGUACAUAUACAGCCUAUCUGGAAUUGUUCUUACUGCGACAUGAACUUUUGCGAUGACUGUUGGGGGAAGCAGGGCCCACACAAAUUGGGUCGGAAGGGUCCCGAUGGCCUACCCCAUGAGAAGGCCAAUCCAACAAUCGUCCAAAGACUAAAGGACAUCCUCGCCCCACCCCAAGAUUACCAUGAACAGCAAAUUCUGCAUGUCGAGGAUGAAGAUACGACAUGGUUUGGGCUGGCGCGUGACAAUCACAACAAAUCCAUUUUGGAUGACCGUGGACGCUACGCUGCUAUCAUGGCCGACAGCAAUACUGAUGAGUACCAGUUCCGAUAUCCCCAGAUCGUCUCUUUUAUUGGACAAACAGGUGCUGGAAAGAGUACUCUCAUCAAAAUGCUCAUAGAUCAACAAGAGAGGAUACACGGCUCGCGCGAAUGGGCGUUCCCGUCACCAGUAGUUGGGUCAAUGACGAACAGCAACAUACCAACGUCAUGUGAUGUUCACCUUUACAGUGAUCCAACCACAUAUCUAUCAGAACAUCCCAUGCUUUUCGCAGACUGCGAAGGUUUGGAAGGCGGCGAAAACACUCCAAUAAGCGCUCAGUAUCGCGAGAAGGCGUCACAUACUUCUGAAGAGAGGGGGAAAGGGAGAGAGAUGCGCCGAGAGCAUCCCAAACUACAACAGAUUACCAGAGGAUUGAAUCGCACACGUCGAGAAAUCAAAUGGGCGAACUCGCCAGAAAAGACAAAACGUCAGUACGCAGUCACAGAGUUUUAUCCACGUUUGCUAUACACAUUUUCGGAUGUGAUCGUGUUCGUCUUGCGAAAUGCAAAGACAUUUGAGUCUACUGUGCUCACACUGUUGAUCAAAUGGGCUAGAUCGUCCAUUGAAAAGUCAGUCAACCAACCUAUCCUGCCUCACGCCAUCAUUGCUCUCAACGCGACAAGUACCAAAGUCGAUCAGAGCGCUUGGGACCCUGAAUAUGCAACGGAAUCUCUUCUAGCUGAUGUCGCUGGUGCAGUCGAUCGAGACCCAGCUUUUAAAGAGCUAAAAGAAUAUUGGGGUGGGAAGGGUAGAAACAUUCACACCGUGAAAGAUCUUCUUCUAUGCUACUAUUCCUCGAUCACCGUUAUAAGGAUACCCGGAGAUGGCCGUUAUAUGAUGAUCGACGAACAGAUCCAAAAACUUCACGAUACGCUGUCUAGGCGGUGCAGAGAGUCAUUCAAUACGAAGCGUAGGUCUCGCAUGCUUUUCAACUCCGACGCUUUGAACGUAUACCUGCAUUCCGCAUUCGAACAUUUUUCAAAUGAUUUGAACAAACCAUUCGACUUCAUGGACGCCUCGUUCAAGAUCAAUCCCAUUCCUUUGGAUUUUGGAGGUAAUAUUCUCAAGCUGGCUGUUGCUAUGAAGGCUCAGUACGAUGAUCCCAGAAAGAUUUUCGAGGAAUUGAGCUUUAUGGUAGCUUCUUGUAUUGGGUUGGACUGUGUUCGACAGAACUUUAAAGGCCCGGCAAACCAAAUUCUCGAAAAGCAAUACCUUUCCCACUGUGAUACAGCACUGGAAGACUUUUGUGCGCUCUACUGGCCAUGCACAUUCAACUAUAUGCACCGCGGCCGCUGUGUGAAUGUGAAGGAGACUCAUAACAAGGGACAUCAGAAUAGAAAGGGUAUCAUCAUUGGCACUGGUCCGUAUGAGUCCAACUUUACGUUUACUGGCUUCGCCAAAGACUGGUCUCGGCUUUUGGAGAGCCACCUUGCAAAAUUUCAAGUUGAGCUCAGUUCCCAGCUCAUGCAAACCCCAUCUGCGAGUGAGGUGGAUAUUACCACAAGACUCCACCACGCCAACAUCACGGCAUUCUACAAGCGUCUGGGUGGCGCCCAGAAGUUUGUCAGUCACUUGACUUGCUACUGCUGCCUUCGAGAACUGGCCGAGCAUCCUCUACGUUGCGGACAUGUGCUCUGUACACCCUGUAUCAAAAGUUACGGAAACCCUCAUAAUGAGCUUAAACACUCAUAUUCAAUGGCUUCUUGUCCUCUCCAUGACUACGAAACCGUCUUCUCUGCUCAUUGGCCGGUGCACUUUAAGCCUCCGCUCGCUGGUGUGCGGGUGCUAUCACUUGAUGGUGGCGGUAUGAGAGGCAUUGUCAUUCUAAGUGUUCUUGGGGAGAUCCAGAAAGAACUAGGAGGGCGCAUUCCUAUCCAGGACUUUUUUGAUCUUAUAGUGGGCACCAGUACCGGCGGAUUGCUUGCACUUGGCCUUGGAGUCAAAAAUUGGUCCAUCGAACAGUCUACGCAGACGUUCCUGAGAUUGGUGAGAACUGCGUUUACUUCCAGGUAUCCUGGUGGUCUCCAAUUGAUGAGGAGCAAAUACCGUACCAAGCCGCUUGAGAAGGCUUUAUACCAAGCUUUCGGGGACGAAGCCAUGUUCGGAGGAGUGCCAGAGGAUAUGAGUGGCUCUACACGGAAAGUUGCUGUAACAGCUGCCACUGAGACGGGUGAGGAGGUUGUGAUCUUCACGAAUUAUAAUCGUGCGAGUAAAUCUGGAACCACAUCUGCUGCACCAUUCUUCUUCAAGCCCUUCGUCAAUGGCAGAACCAAGGAGAGUUAUAUUGACGGUGCUGUCAAGCACAACAAUCCAGUACGAAUAGCCAACAGCGAAACCAAGUUCCUCUGGCCGGAUGUAGAAGAGCGCUAUCCAGAUAUCUUAUUGUCUGUUGGGACUGGAUAUCAUGAGUCGGGUGUGGAGGGUUCCUCAAUUGCCGGAUCUGAUCGCAGACGCAUGCAAGUUCGAAAAGCGCUCGAACUAACGAAGAAGCGAUCCAAGAUAUCAAAGGUCUUCCCACAAGUAGAUUCUUGGUUCAAAUUCGCCAAGCAGCGCGUCGAGGAUAUCCUCAACUCUGAAAACAUAUGGAGAGAUUUCCGCACCGAUGUUGUGGGCCUGUCUUCGCCUAUUGCGGCAGAGAGAUAUAUACGCUUGAACCCUAAUGUCAGGAGCCCAGUGCCCAAGAUGGAUGACACGCAGAAAGUCAACGACUUGCAGAGGGAGGUUGCUGAUACACUUCGCACGCCCGAGUCACAGGUUAUGAUACAAACGAUCGCUGGCCGGCUCAUUGGUGGCUCGUUCUAUUUCGAAAAGAUUGGGCGACCCAGAGAGAUCAGAGGUGUGCUCACCAUCCAAGGUACUAUAGCGUGUAGAUUCGCUGAUGGGUCCGACGAUCUGCGCUUCCUUGGGGAACACAUUCGCUUCAAAUUUCAACGCUACAAGUUCCAACCCUUCUUCCGCAUCUCCGAAGUGGGCAACGUUGAGCACACUCAGGACAUUGAGUUGAGCCGCAAGGUCCUCGAGGAUAUGGUAGACAGUCGAUCAUUCAACCUGGGCGCAAUCGUCAUACCCGUGACCUCGGAUCCAGCAUUAUUAUCUAUUGACCUUCACCUCAUCGACGACCGCAAGCAACCAAAAUUCAGCACCAGCUUCCCCAUCAGCGGCUUCCCACGCAAUCUCACCGAAGGCGAAGCCGUGAAACAAACCACAUCUCCACCCAUGCUCGACACCGUACCCUACAAAACCUCAGAUAAACGCCGCUCCCUUCGCGAAAGCAGAUCGAAUAUCCACAGCAGACUCGAGAUCGAGCAUCGCCCUAUAAGCGACGGAAAUAUCGAUUACAGGGCCUAUGGGCACAGCGAUACCACUCAGCAACCCCCAAAGCUAACGCCAUCUCUUGACCUGCAGCACCACGUUGAAUUGCACGAUCCUGAUGAAGCAAUAGGAAUGUCAGAUGUGGAGAUGGCGCCGAGUCACGAAGAAGGCAGGUCCAGUAGCGAAAAGGCAAUGUCAAAGUCGAGGCGACACUUUGUUGAUGCAUUUCGUGAUGCGAGUUCGAGUUCGGAUACUUUAAUGUAG